AUGUAAGAAAGUAAAUUUGAAUCAAAAGAUUAUUAUAUAUAAAUUGAAACUGAAUAUUAUUAAAUAUAAAAUUUAGCAAUUAUAUAGGAUGCAUUUUAAUUUAAUUUAGACGAACGUUUAGUUUCAAUAGCUAAAUUUGGAGGGCCAAUAGCCAUAUAUUAAAAUCCAAGUAGAAGAGAUUUAUUUAAAUAGACUGAUUUAACAAAAGAAAACAUAUGUUUUUAUGCAAAUAACGGGGAUUUAAUUAAUAAAUGUUAAUUUAAAUGUGAAAAUAAUUAAAUUAUAGUAGGAUUUGAUUUUUCAGAAGAUGAAUUACUAGUAAUUUUGUUGUAAAAUGGUAUAUAUUUUUUAAUAGAUCCUUUUAUUAAUUCAAUAAAACCAAUAAAAAAUUUGUUGUAAAUACAUUUUUUGAAAAUGAUGAAAUUUAAAGUUGUAAAGUAAUUAUUAAAAUUUUUAAUUUAUUUAAAAUAAAAAAUUAAGAUUUAAGAUAAUAGUAUGGCAUAUUUUACAAAAAGUUAAACAUUUUAUUUAAUAAAUGAUAUAAAAAAUCCUUAAACAGAUAAAAUAAUAUAAAUUAAUGAAUAAAUAAAGCCUUAAAAAUGGAUUUUUUUAAAAACAGAAUUAAUAUUUUAUAAUUAAAAUGAAAUUUAAAAUUAUAAAAUAAAUAAUAAUAAUAAUAAUACUGAUAACAAUAAAAAUAAUAUUUAAAUAAUUUAAAAAAAUAUUAAUGUUUACUUAAUGUAAAGUUUUUAAAGAAAAAUAUUUGCUUUUUUAUAGUUAAAUGAACGUGAAUAAUAAUGGAUUAUUAAUGUUUAUGAAAUAGAAAAUUAAACAUAAUAAUAUUAAAUUAUAGUUUAAAACAUGUAUAUAUUAUAUAAAAAAUAAUAAUAGAAUAUAGAAGAAGAUCAAAUAUAAAAUUUAUUAAUAUAACUAUUUUUUAUUAAUGAAACUACAAUCUUAAUAAAUAUUCAAAAAACUGGUUUUUUCUUAAUUCCAUUAAAAUCCUAAACUUAAAAAUAUCUUGCUUCAUAAGAGUCCUAUGUUUUCCUCCAAGAAAUCGACGGUUUAAAACUUCUUACUGAAUCUCAAAAUCUAAUUUUAAGAAAAGUACCAUAAUCUCACGUUAACAUAUUCGAGCCAAUAUCUAUUCAUCCAGCCGCCUUAUUGUUUGAAGCAUUUCAAUCUCUGCAAAAUAAAGACCCUUUAAAUGACGAAGACAUUCGAAAUGAUAACUAAAGCCUUUUUAUAGCAGUUUUAGACUGCAUAGAGGCAUCUAAAUAUGAAAUCGGUAUCUAAGAAUAGGCCUUAUUAUUAAAAGCAGCUUCUUACGGGAAGAUGUUUUUGUAAUGUGGGAGGGAAAAUAAACAAGAGAAUAUUUAAAUAGGUGAAGUUUGUAAAAUACUGAGGAUUUUAAAUGCUUUAAGGAGUUAAUUUUUUCAUAGAACUAUGACUUAUUAUUAGUUCAAAGGGCUAUAAUAGGAAAAUCUAGUUAAAAUUUUAAUGAGAUAUAAUUUACAUUAUUUGGCUAGUGAAAUUAUAUAAUUUUUGAAGUUUCAUGAAAGCCUUUAAAGCCUAGUUCAUUUACAUUGGGCUGGAGAGAAAGUUUAAGACGAAAAAAUAAGCAAUGAAGUGCUUUUAGCGGAAAAAAUAUAUAAGAAAACAUAAUUUAUUAAAGAUAUAUAGUACUUCGAAAUCGCUCAAAAAGCCUUAGAUGUUGGAAAAGUGAAUUUGGCGGUAAAAUUGUUGGAUUACGAGAAGAAUUUGGAAAAGAAAGUCGAAGUUUUAGUCUGGAUUUUUGAGAAUAAUAGUCUAUGA